AUGAGUCGUGGUUCAUCAGCAGGUUACGAUCGUCACAUUACAAUUUUUUCACCAGAAGGAAGACUUUAUCAAGUUGAAUAUGCCUUCAAAGCAAUAUCAAAUUCUGGUAUAACAUCUGUAGGUGUUCGAGGAGAUGACAGUGUAGUAAUUGUAACACAAAAAAAAGUUCCCGACAAGUUAUUAGAUCCAUCAACUAUUACACAUGUUUUUCAAUUAACACCAUAUGUUGGAUGUGUUAUGACAGGGUUGAUCGCGGACGCACGUUCUCAAGUUACUCGUGCAAGACAAGAAGGUGCUGAAUUUCGAUACAAGUUCGGUUAUGAGAUCCCAACUGAUAUGCUCGCAAAACGUAUAGCCAAUAUCAACCAAGUAUACACACAGCAUGCUGCUAUGAGACCAUUGGGUGUUUCAAUGAUCUUGAUCGGAUACGAUGAUGAGAAAGGUCCACAACUUUUCAAAUGCGACCCAGCUGUACUAUCUGCAGAUUUUAAAUCAACUGAAAUUGAAGUUGGCGUGGUUACAAAAGAUGAUAAGAAAUUUCGAACAUUAUCAGUUGAUGAAAUAGAUAGUCAUCUUCAACGUAUUGUUGAAAAAGAUUAA